GCCCUUGGUUCUCUGUGGAGGCAAAGAAUGAAGAGAGAGUUGCAGGAGUGUCAUACCUGAGGAAGCUAUAUGUGACAGUGGAUGGAAUUACUGUGACCCUGAUGAAGAGCAGUAGAACACUGUCUUGCUGGUCAGUUCAUCACGCUUCAAACAUCCUUUGGCUGAGGGUGCGUUGGGAUGGAAACCAUUAUGCCCAGAUCUCAGUUCCCAGCUCCUACUAUGACCAAAUGUGUGGCCUUUGUGGUGACUAUGAUGGGAACCCAGACAAUGACUUCACUAAACCAGAUGGCACUGUGGCAGGAAAUAGUAAUGACUUUGGGAACAGCUGGCAGACCAAAGACGAUGAAGAUGACUCAUGUACCCCAGGAACAAAGCCUGAUCCAGACUGUGACCCCAACUUGGAAGCUGAAGUUGUAAAACCAGAGAAAUGUGGUAAAAUUACAGACCCUACUGGACCCUUCCGGGAGUGCAUCAGUGUAGUUAAUCCCACUCCAUUCUUCCAAAGCUGUGUGUAUGACAUGUGUCAGUUCAAUGGCCAGCAGCACGUGCUGUGUGACCAGCUCCAGGCCUACACUGACGCAUGUCAUAGUGCUGGAGCCAAAGUCUACCAAUGGAGAACUCCAGACUUCUGCCCUCUGACCUGUCCUCCCAAUAGCUCCUACUCCCUUUGUGUGAGUUCAUGUCCUGAGACAUGUCUUGGUGUGGUGGGACCACCUGGCUGUGAGGAAGUGUGUGUGGAGGGUUGUGAGUGUAACCCUGGCUUCAUUCUCAGUGAUGACAAAUGUGUGGAACUGAGAGACUGUGGUUGUGUGGACCCCAGUGGAACCUAUCACCCUGUGGGCGAUGACUGGUACUUGGAGGGUUGUGAACAAAAGUGUAUGUGUCACAGUGGAGGUCUGCUACAGUGUCAUAACACCAGCUGUAACCCAACUACUGAGAGCUGCCAACUACAAGAUGGAGAAUAUGAAUGCCACCCUCUGGACCUGUGUCCUCCUAACGCAGAGUAUAUAGAGUGCGGUCCAGCUUGCAUUCCUACAUGUAUGGAACCCUCUACCAACUGUUCUGGCUCCUGCAUCACUGGGUGUUUCUGCAAACCAGGCUUUGUCUUCAAAGGACGGCACUGCGUGCCACUGGACAAGUGUGGUUGUUUAGAUGACAACAAUAACUAUUAUGAGCCUGGUGAGAUAGUAUUUGGAGAUGGCUGCACAAAGCUGUGUCGCUGUGUAGGGAACUACACUUUGGAAUGUGUUGAUAACUCCUGUGACCCCACUGAAGAGUGUCGAGAGGUUAAUGGUGUUGCAGGCUGUUAUCCUAAAGGUACAUCCACAUGCAUUGCAUCUGGCGAUCCACACUACACCAGCUUUGACAAACGCAAAUAUGACUUCAUGGGCAACUGCAGCUAUCUGAUGUCUAGUCCAUGCAAUGACACAACUGUGCCCUACUUUGAGGUCCAUACUGACAAUGAAAAUCGGUAUAACAGGCCGACCAUCUCCUAUGUGAAUGCCGUACAUGUAUACGCACAGAUGAUAAAGAUCUCCAUUCUCAAAGGUGGCACUGUGCAGGUUAAUGGGACCAAUGUCAAUCUUCCACUGUCUCCGUCCCCUGGUAUUUCUGUGUUCAAGUCAGGAAAACACUACACUGUCUCCAUGAACUUUGGUGUGACGGUUCGCUAUGAUGGAAACGCCUUCAUGGACAUCAAAGUAAUCGAAGACUAUCAGAACAAGCUGUGUGGCCUGUGUGGCAACUAUGAUGGAGAUACUAAAGAUGACUUCCGCAAACCAGAUGGAAGCUUAGCUGAAAAUGCCAAUGACUUUGGACACAGUUGGAACAUGAAUCCAGAAUGUAAUGAGAAACCCAACACUACGAUCCCUGGGUGCAAUGAAGAAGAACAGGAACUGUAUGAAAGCUCUGGAUAUUGUGGCAUUCUGCUGGACAAAAAUGGACCUUUUGCUGUGUGCCAUCCCAAAGUCAACCCCAAUAAUUACUUCAGGGACUGUGUCUUUGACUUGUGUGAGCUGGAUGGUGCCAAGCCCAUUUUGUGUGAAGCCAUUGAAGCCUAUGUCAAUGAAUGCCAAGAUCGUGGGGUCAACCUUGGACCAUGGAGGAAUGAAACCUUCUGCCCACUGAGCUGUCCCCCAAACAGCCACUACGAACCUUGUGCAGAUCCUUGUCAGGAAACAUGCUUUGGAAAACCCCCCUCCUGCUCUGGUCCCUGCUCUGAGUCCUGUGUGUGUGAUCCCAGCUAUGUCCUGAGUGCUGGCAAGUGCGUUAAGGAGAACAUGUGUGGCUGCAACCACACGAACGGCCAGUAUUAUGAGCCUGGAGAGGAGUUUUUUGAGGAAGACUGCAAGCGAAAAUGUUGGUGUGGUGCAGCUGGAAUUACCUGUGAAGCCUCUGAAUGCCCCCCAAUGCAUGAAUGUAAACUUCAGGAUGGAGAGCUGGGCUGCUAUCCUACGCGCUUUCAGGAUUGUGUAGUUUCUGGGGAUCCACACUACAACACCUUUGACAAGAAGUACUACAGCUUCAUGGGAACCUGUACUUACACACUGGCCAGAAGCUGUAGGAACAGCACAGGCCCUUGGUUCUCUGUGGAGGCAAAGAAUGAAGAGAGAGGAGUUGCAGGAGUGUCAUACCUGAGGAAGCUAUAUGUGACAGUGGAUGGAAUUACUGUGACCCUGAUGAAGAGCAGUAGAACACUGGUGAACGGAGUACGGGUGGCUCUGCCCCACUCCCCCUCUCCUCUCAUGUCUAUUAGUCUUGCUGGUCAGUUCAUCACGCUUCAAACAUCCUUUGGCUUGAGGGUGCGUUGGGAUGGAAACCAUUAUGCCCAGAUCUCAGUUCCCAGCUCCUACUAUGACCAAAUGUGUGGCCUUUGUGGUGACUAUGAUGGGAACCCAGACAAUGACUUCACUAAACCUGAUGGCACUGUGGCAGGAAAUAGUAAUGACUUUGGGAACAGCUGGCAGACCAAAGACGAUGAAGAUGACUCAUGUACCCCAGGAACAAAGCCUGAUCCAGACUGUGACCCCAACUUGGAAGCUGAAGUUGUAAAACCAGAGAAAUGUGGUAAAAUUACAGACCCUACUGGACCCUUCCGGGAGUGCAUCAGUGUAGUUAAUCCCACUCCAUUCUUCCAAAGCUGUGUGUAUGACAUGUGUCAGUUCAACGGCCAGCAGCACGUGCUGUGUGACCAGCUCCAGGCCUACACUGACGCAUGUCAUAGUGCUGGAGCCAAAGUCUACCAAUGGAGAACUCCAGACUUCUGCCCUCUGACCUGUCCUCCCAAUAGCUCCUACUCCCUUUGUGUGAGUUCAUGUCCUGAGACAUGUCUUGGUGUGGUGGGACCACCUGGCUGUGAGGAAGUGUGUGUAGAGGGUUGUGAGUGUAACCCUGGCUUCAUUCUCAGUGAUGACAAAUGUGUGGAACUGAGAGACUGUGGUUGUGUGGACCCCAGUGGAACCUAUCACCCUGUGGGCGGUGACUGGUACUUGGAGGGUUGUGAACAAAAGUGUAUGUGUCACAGUGGAGGUCUGCUACAGUGUCAUAACACCAGCUGUAACCCAACUACUGAGAGCUGCCAACUACAAGAUGGAGAAUAUGAAUGCCACCCUCUGGACCUGUGUCCUCCUAACGCAGAGUAUAUAGAGUGUGGUCCAGCUUGCAUUCCUACAUGUAUGGAACCCUCUACCAACUGUUCUGGCUCCUGCAUCACUGGGUGUUUCUGCAAACCAGGCUUUGUCUUCAAAGGACGGCACUGCGUGCCGCUGGACAAGUGUGGUUGUUUAGAUGACAACAAUAACUAUUAUGAGCCUGGUGAGAUAGUAUUUGGAGAUGGCUGCACAAAGCUGUGUCGCUGUGUAGGGAACUACACUUUGGAAUGUGUUGAUAACUCCUGUGACCCCACUGAAGAGUGUCGAGAGGUUAAUGGUGUUGCAGGCUGUUAUCCUAAAGGUACAUCCACAUGCAUAGCAUCUGGCGAUCCACACUACACCAGCUUUGACAAACGCAAAUAUGACUUCAUGGGCAACUGCAGCUAUCUGAUGUCUAGUCCAUGCAAUGACACAACUGUGCCCUACUUUGAGGUCCAUACUGACAAUGAAAACCGGUAUAACAGGCCGACCAUCUCCUAUGUGAAUGCCGUACAUGUAUACGCACAGAUGAUAAAGAUCUCCAUUCUCAAAGGUGGCACUGUGCAGGUUAAUGGGACCAAUGUCAAUCUGCCACUGUCUCCGGCCCCUGGUAUUUCUGUGUUCAAGUCAGGAAAACACUACACUGUCUCCAUGAACUUUGGUGUGACGGUUCGCUAUGAUGGAAACUCCUUCAUGGACAUUAAAGUAAUCGAAGACUAUCAGAACAAGCUGUGUGGCCUGUGUGGCAACUAUGAUGGAGAUACCAAAGAUGACUUCCGCAAACCGGAUGGAAGCUUAGCUGAAAAUGCCAAUGACUUUGGACACAGUUGGAACAUGAAUCCAGAAUGUAAUGAGAAACCCAACACUACCAUCCCUGGGUGCAAUGAAGAAGAACAGGAACUGUAUGAAAGCUCUGGAUAUUGUGGCAUUCUGCUGGACAAAAAUGGACCUUUUGCUGUGUGCCAUCCCAAAGUCAACCCCAAUAAUUACUUCAGGGACUGUGUCUUUGACUUGUGUGAGCUGGAUGGUGCCAAGCCCAUUUUGUGUGAAGCCAUUGAAGCCUAUGUCAAUGAAUGCCAAGAUCGUGGGGUCAACCUUGGACCAUGGAGGAAUGAAACCUUCUGCCCACUGAGCUGUCCCCCAAACAGCCACUACGAACCUUGUGCAGAUCCUUGUCAGGAAACAUGCUUUGGAAAACCCCCCUCCUGCUCUGGUCCCUGCUCUGAGUCCUGUGUGUGUGAUCCCAGCUAUGUCCUGAGUGCUGGCAAGUGCGUUAAGGAGAACAUGUGUGGCUGCAACCACACGAACGGCCAGUAUUAUGAGCCUGGAGAGGAGUUUUUUGAGGAAGACUGCAAGCGAAAAUGUUGGUGUGGUGCAGCUGGAAUUACCUGUGAAGCCUCUGAAUGCCCCCCAAUGCAUGAAUGUAAACUUCAGGAUGGAGAGCUGGGCUGCUAUCCUACGAGUUUUCAGGAUUGUGUAGUUUCUGGGGAUCCACACUACAACACCUUUGACAAGAAGUACUACAGCUUCAUGGGAACCUGUACUUACACACUGGCAAGAAGCUGUAGGAACAGCACAGGCCCUUGGUUCUCUGUGGAGGCAAAGAAUGAAGAGAGAGGAGUUGCAGGAGUGUCAUACCUGAGGAAGCUAUAUGUGACAGUGGAUGGAAUUACUGUGACCCUGAUGAAGAGCAGUAGAACACUGGUGAACGGAGUACGGGUGGCUCUGCCCCACUCCCCCUCUCCUCUCAUGUCUAUUAGUCUUGCUGGUCAGUUCAUCACGCUUCAAACAUCCUUUGGCCUGAGGGUGCGUUGGGAUGGAAACCAUUAUGCCCAGAUCUCAGUUCCCAGCUCCUACUAUGACCAAAUGUGUGGCCUUUGUGGUGACUAUGAUGGGAACCCAGACAAUGACUUCACUAAACCAGAUGGCACUGUGGCAGGAAAUAGUAAUGACUUUGGGAACAGCUGGCAGACCAAAGACGAUGAAGAUGACUCAUGUACCCCAGGAACAAAGCCUGAUCCAGACUGUGACCCCAACUUGGAAGCUGAAGUUGUAAAACCAGAGAAAUGUGGUAAAAUUACAGACCCUACUGGACCCUUCCGGGAGUGCAUCAGUGUAGUUAAUCCCACUCCAUUCUUCCAAAGCUGUGUGUAUGACAUGUGUCAGUUCAACGGCCAGCAGCAUGUGCUGUGUGACCAGCUCCAGGCCUACACUGACGCAUGUCAUAGUGCUGGAGCCAAAGUCUACCAAUGGAGAACUCCAGACUUCUGCCCUCUGACCUGUCCUCCCAAUAGCUCCUACUCCCUUUGUGUGAGUUCAUGUCCUGAGACAUGUCUUGGUGUGGUGGGACCACCUGGCUGUGAGGAAGUGUGUGUGGAGGGUUGUGAGUGUAACCCUGGCUUCAUUCUCAGUGAUGACAAAUGUGUGGAACUGAGAGACUGUGGUUGUGUGGACCCCAGUGGAACCUAUCACCCUGUGGGCGAUGACUGGUACUUGGAGGGUUGUGAACAAAAGUGUAUGUGUCACAGUGGAGGUCUGCUACAGUGUCAUAACACCAGCUGUAACCCAACUACUGAGAGCUGCCAACUACAAGAUGGAGAAUAUGAAUGCCACCCUCUGGACCUGUGUCCUCCUAACGCAGAGUAUAUAGAGUGUGGUCCAGCUUGCAUUCCUACAUGUAUGGAACCCUCUACCAACUGUUCUGGCUCCUGCAUCACUGGGUGUUUCUGCAAACCAGGCUUUGUCUUCAAAGGACGGCACUGCGUGCCACUGGACAAGUGUGGUUGUUUAGAUGACAACAAUAACUAUUAUGAGCCUGGUGAGAUAGUAUUUGGAGAUGGCUGCACAAAGCUGUGUCGCUGUGUAGGGAACUACACUUUGGAAUGUGUUGAUAACUCCUGUGACCCCACUGAAGAGUGUCGAGAGGUUAAUGGUGUUGCAGGCUGUUAUCCUAAAGGUACAUCCACAUGCAUUGCAUCUGGCGAUCCACACUACACCAGCUUUGACAAACGCAAAUAUGACUUCAUGGGCAACUGCAGCUAUCUGAUGUCUAGUCCAUGCAAUGACACAACUGUGCCCUACUUUGAGGUCCAUACUGACAAUGAAAACCGGUAUAACAGGCCGACCAUCUCCUAUGUGAAUGCCGUACAUGUAUACGCACAGAUGAUAAAGAUCUCCAUUCUCAAAGGUGGCACUGUGCAGGUUAAUGGGACCAAUGUCAAUCUGCCACUGUCUCCGUCCCCUGGUAUUUCUGUGUUCAAGUCAGGAAAACACUACACUGUCUCCAUGAACUUUGGUGUGAUGGUUCGCUAUGAUGGAAACGCCUUCAUGGACAUCAAAGUAAUCGAAGAGUGA